AACCCUUUUUUUUUUCUCUCUCUCACACAAUUUGAUCCUUUUCGAUUAUCCAGACUUCUUGUCGGUUGUUACCUAUCCAUUACUCUCCAAUCCCAUUAUGGCUCUUCAAAUCAAUAUGUUUCUCCAAUUCUGAUUCAGGAUUGGAAAUUUACGGGGAUUCAGCACCCUAUUUUCUGGGUUUCUGCUCCUAAUAACUAAUCCAGUUUUUUAAGAAGAAUCGGUGGUUUUUUCAGAAAUUACGAUGGCUUCUCUACAAGGCCCAGUUGUUAGCCCUGUAGUCCGAGCAAAGCAAACACGACCUUCAGUGACGGUUAAUUCACCCUUACUGAAAGCUAAACUAAUUAAAAGUGGAUUCUUGGGGCUCAGAGGGCUUGGCUACAGCAGGGGUAAUGCGGGUUACUGGAAGUAUUCGAGGAAGUGCAGAACAACACACUGUAGCUUCAGUUCAUCAUCAAAUGGGAAUGGUAGCAUGGCCGGGAAUUCCAGUGAGAACGACGCUGAUUAUGUGAAUUCAAGUGUGGUUGAAGCUGUUGAGGUGCGAAGUGGCCAAGAUGGUUUCAUGAUCAAGAUGAGAGAUGGCAGGCAGCUGAAAUGUGUCCAUAACAAUCCUCUGGGAGGUCAUCUGCCAGAUUAUGCUCCACAUCCUGCAAUUGUACUGAAGAUGGAAGAUGGGACAGGGCUUCUUCUUCCAAUAAUUGUUUUGGAGAUGCCAAGCGUGCUUCUUAUGGCAGCUGUGCGCAAUGUCCAAAUAGCUAGGCCUACCAUGUACCAAGUUGUGAAUGAUAUGAUCGAUAAGAUGGGCUAUACAGUGAAACUUGUUCGUGUCACCAAAAGGGUGCAUGAAGCAUAUUUUGCUGAGCUACACCUUGUCAAAUUGGGUGGUGAAGCAGAAUCUAUUAGCUUUGACCUGCGGCCAUCCGAUGCCAUUAACAUCGCAGUAAGAUGCAAGGUGCCAAUACAAAUAAACAAGUUUCUGGCGUACAGUGAUGGCAUGAGGGUUGUCGAGUCUGCAAAGUUGAUGGUGCAGAGUCCCUCUUCGGAUGGCCCUCUGUUUACUGAACUGGACAGACCUACUGGCCAACCAUGCAUGGAAACAAAGGAGUUCGACUUGGUAAGGAACAUGCUGAUUGCCGCAGUUGAGGAACGUUAUAGAGAUGCAGCUUUAUGCAGGGACAAGCUCACACGGCUUCGUUCCAAGAGGAAUUGGACAUAACAUCUGAGCCGUGCUGCAUUGUGGUCGACUUUAGGUAUGUGUUUGUGGAGUUAUUUAGUGGUUUCUAUGUUACUGGGAAGAAGUAAUUCUUUGUUCUUCAUGUUUGAGGCGCUGCAUGGAGAUGGAUGCCUUUGUACAUAAGAAUCAGUAUCAGUAAUUUUAGUAAAUAAUCUGUAAAAUGGCGGCCAUGCCAUGCUAAAGCUUGUAUAUACAUAUGUGAUAUGUAUAGAUAAACUAUAUGUAUUUAAUGCUGAAUCUUUCAACAGAUCUUGCAUUUGAUGAAUGGUGAUAUGACUAAGUUACGAGAUUGGAAUUGUAUCA